AUGUCCACUUCCUCCAAGCCCUUCAAAGGGCCCCAGGCAGACAUCAACCAAUUCUGGGCCAAAUUCUUCACUAAAAAGCCCAGCAAAGUAACCUCCAUCUUCCCACGCCUCCUUUACGCCAGUCUCCUGCCAGAGCAGCCGGACCCGCGAGGCGCAUCCUCUGCCCGUAACGCUGCCGAGAGUUAUGAGACUGCCGCUCGGGGCUGCCGCGACAAGGUGGCCAAGAUCGUGCGCGAGUGCCACCGCACCAACGAGAAGUUCACCGACGCCGACUUCGACAUCGAGGCGGACUUUGACGGCGAGAAGAACUGUCUGAACGGGCUCGAGUACGUCGAGGAGGAGAAUGUGUCACCGCCGCAGCAGCCCGAUGUGAACCAAUCUGGUAGAGACGAGUCGCGGUCACGGUCGAGGAGCCCUCGUGGCUGGGCCCAGGAGAGGAGCAGGGGAAGAAGGGGCGGUGUGCAGAGGGGCGAAUUUUACAUGCCUGGCUCUAUUCAUCGGCUGGACUGGAUUUUUCAGGAGCCCAGCUUCACCAUCGACGGAUUCUCCUCGUCGGAUAUCCAGCAGGGCGGAAACGGGGACUGCUGGUGGCUGGCAGCCGUUGCGACCAUUGCCCACCGAAAAGACCUGAUGAACAAGGUCUGCGUGGCCCGUGACGAAGAGUGCGGCGUGUAUGGCUUCGUUUUCCACCGUGACGGGGAAUGGAUCUCUGUGGUGAUCGAUGACAACUUGUACCUCAAUGCAUGCGAUUUUGGCCAGUGGACCGACACGUACGACCCAACAGGAAGCAAAGCGCGCAAGUACCGACGACAGGAACAAACCGGAUCAGAGGCGCUGUAUUUCAGCCACUGCUCCGACCCGAACGAGACCUGGCUGCCGCUGAUGGAGAAGGCCUAUGCCAAGGCGCAUGGUGAUUACAAUGCCAUCGCGGGAGGAUGGAGCGGUGAGGCUGUCGAGGAUAUGACGGGUGGGGUCACUACGACCUUGGCGAACAAGCGAGUGCUUAGCAAAGAUAGGCUGUGGAAGGAGUUGGCUUAUGGCGAUGGGGACUUUGUAUUUGCACUGUCGGCCUUGGGCUAUGCGUCGUCGGCCUCUGGGGUGGUCUUGGGUCAUGCGUACUCAAUUCUUCGGGCAACCGAGGAGGUUGAUGAGGACGGCGGCAAAGUGAGACUGGUUCAGAUCAGGAACCCUUGGGGACAUCGAAGUCCAAGUGAUGGUCUUGGUGAAUGGAAUGGAAGAUGGUCUGAUGGGUCGAGCGAGUGGACGCCCUACUGGAUGAAAAAAUUGGACUAUAAAUUCGGCGACGACGGUGUGUUCUGGAUGCUCUAUGAGGACAUGCUGGAGACCUUCAAAUACCUUCACAGGACACGUCUUUUUGACGAAAAGUGGACUGUCAUUCAGCAGUGGACGAGCUGCGACGUGUCCUGGAUAACAGGUUACUCGCGAAGCUCAUUCAUCAUAGAGGCGAAGAGACCUGGAAUAGUGGUUAUUGUGCUAUCACAGCUGGAUGACCGAUACUUCACGGGCCUAGCAGGACAGUACAAAUUUGGUCUUCACUUCCUCCUCCGGCGCGAGAACGAAGCCCAAGGCGAAUACAUCUGCCGUGUUCGUCCCGUGCACGACUGGGAAAACCGUUCCGUCAGCUGCGAGGUGAACCUCGAGCCCGGUCGGUACGAGGUUGUUCCCAAGAUCACCGCCAAGAGGGACAAGGACGAGCCGCUUAUCCAAAAGCUAGUCAAGCAAGCUGCCGAGUCGAACCCGCAGAAGCUCAGACAGGUGGGCAUGCAGUACGAUCUGGCUCACGCCAAGGGCGGGAUCCCGGACGAGGAUCUCAGGAUCGAGGCACAGAAGGCUGCGGAGAAGCAAAAGGAGCGGGAGCGCAAGAAGAAAGAGAAGGCAGCCAAUAUCAAGAUUGAGGUUGAGGAGGUUGCCCUGCAUGUCAAAAACAGCACUGGAGAACACAAGGGUGACCAGGGCGAUGAGAAGACUGAUGAUGCUUCCAAAAAGGAUGAACAUAAGAAAAAGAGGGAGGAUGAGAAGAAAGAUGGGAAGGGUGAGGGGAAAGAGGAGAAGAAAGAAGAUAAAGACGAGAAGGACCACGAUGACUCCGACUCCGAAUCUUCUGAUUCCGAGGCCGAUGAUCAGGAGAGGUGGAACGCCGUCUGUGUAGUCUGUCUGCGGGUCUACUCUCAAGACCCCGAGUUGACGAUAUCUUUGGUCAAGCCAGGCGAUGCCGAACCGUCGUCUAACCUAGUACAGGGCAAGGAACCAGCAGGCGCCACGAUGUGA